AUGGAGGCAAAUAAGAUGGUGGAGAAUCUCAACCAACUCCCGGUACCCAUUAGACUGACGGCACAUAUCAGUCCUGAAAAAGUCCAAUAUCUAGAUGUGGAGUUAACUGUUGGCAUUAACAAGAUAGAGUAUAGUCUGUACACUAAGAUGAUGGAUAGAAACACUCUACUACAUGCAAACAGUGCUCAUCCACAAUCACUGAUAAAGUCACUCCCAAAAGCGCAGUACUUAAGGGUGAUGAAAAACAACUCUGAUGAGACCAUUAAAGAAAGACAACUAUCAGAAAUGACAGAAAAAUUCUGGCGUUGA